AUGCUUAGGCUUCUGUCGGUGAUAGUACUGUUUGUUGGCAGUAUGGCUCUGCACGCUGGCGCCGAAGGUGAAAAUAAAGCAGCCCUCGCGCGGGACUACGGGGUAAAACUAUGUGGCAGGGAGUUCAUAAGAGCCGUAAUCUUUACCUGUGGAGGAUCCCGGUGGAAAAGAUCGGUAGAUCUGGAGUCUCUUCAGAGCAGCGAGAGAAACCCCUUCCUGAUCAGCUCCUACGAUGAACUCUUCAACAGUAAGGACAGGCUCAGCUGGCCACAGGCGAGAUUGGAAGCAGCAGACCGUCCACAGAAGCCCAGCUCCACGCUGGCGGACCUACUCAAAGCGCUGGGCGAAGUCAGUGACUACGAGGCGGGGCCAGAAUCGGACCAGGGCGAGACGCUGCAGUGGGAGAGUCGAUGGCAACAGGGGCUGCCGGCAAUGCUGGGUGCGAACCCCAACAUCCCGUGGCCGCGCCCCAACAGACCAAAAAGGAACUUCUCCCUGGGCUUGGCCGGAAUGUGCUGCAACCAGGGCUGCACUAAGAAUGACAUUGGGCGGCUGUGCUAA